CAUCUAGGUCAUUUUUAUAUGUCAUAAAUUGUUUAUAAUUUUAUCUUCUAGCCAAUUUAGGGUAAAACUCUGGGGUUUUUAAUCUUGAGUGAUUGAAUAUGAGUAUCCACUAGGAACCACUCCCAUAAUUAAGUUAAAUGAGAGCAACACAAAGUUACUGAGUUUUUGUGAUGGUGAAUAACUCCAAAUAACUCAGAGCUUCCCAUGAGCAGAGUUCUGGAGAGGACUAAAAAGUGUCUGCUCAUGUAAGAGUAGAACAUGCUCAGUUUUUUGGAGAGUCCUUAGCUCUGAAUGCUGAGAAAUUGGCAUAGUGCAGUGUAGCAAAACCAAGGCUCUGCUCUAAUUAGGACUUACUUGGAUUUUUCAGUUUUUCCCAUUCCCUGGCUGAAAUUUCCUGUGUCUUGUAACCAUUUAACAAUAUGUUACUAACCAUCCAUUAUGUCCUGCUUUAUUCUCUUUUAGAUGAAAGAGCCAUGUAAAAAAAAGAAUUCUCCAGCCCCUGUGACUGAAUUUGAGCGAUAAUGUCAAUGGAAUUAACACAUUGCCAUUGUUGAAUGGGCUCCUGUGGCUGUAUAAACAUCAAGCCCCAGCCAUUGCUGCAGAUCCUUCCUCUCUUUGUCCCUUUGGACAUCAAAGGCUCGCAAGGGGACAACCCUGGCGGGAAGCUCCUCCCUGCUCAUUAGCCUCCAUAAAACAGGAACUCACCUUGGCUAGCUGUGUUUGGAGUCCCAUCCUCACCCCGCUCACUCUUGACACUGGAUCUCGGAAGGAAGGGCUUGUGCUUGCUUCAGGAAAUCAGACCUGCUUUGGAACUGGACUAUUUUGGCUCCCCUUGUAAGAACUCUGGUGGCUCUCUUGGCCCUGCAAGCUCCUCGACAUCACAGUACAUGGAAAAAUGCAAGCUUUACCAGACGUGAAAGCGCCGUGUGAGGCCCUUCCUUCCCCCAGCCUGGAGCCCUUCCCGCAGAGCUCCAUCGUGGUCACCCUCGAGGACAUGGGGCUCUGGAUGAAGUUUCACCAGAUAGGAACUGAGAUGAUCAUCACCAAAUCUGGCAGACGAAUGUUUCCUCAAUGCAAAAUCAAAGUCUCUGGCUUAAUCCCGUAUGCCAAGUACCUCAUGCUGGUAGAUUUUGUGCCAAUGGAUAACUUCAGGUACAAGUGGAAUAAAGAUCAGUGGGAAGUUGCUGGAAAAGCAGAGCCCCAGCUCCCUUGUCGCACCUAUGUCCACCCAGAUUCCCCAGCUCCUGGCAGCCAUUGGAUGAAAGAACCUGUCUCCUUCCAAAAACUGAAGCUCACUAACAACACUCUGGAUCAACAUGGGCAUAUCAUCCUGCACUCCAUGCACCGUUACAAGCCACGCUUCCACAUCGUGCAGGCCGACGACCUCUUCAGUGUCCGCUGGAGCAUCUUCCAGGUGUUCAGCUUCCCUGAGACUGUCUUCACCUCUGUCACUGCCUACCAGAAUGAGCAGAUUACAAAGCUCAAGAUUGACAACAAUCCAUUUGCUAAAGGUUUCCGUGAACAUGGGAAGAACACUCGAAGGGAAGGACGAGCCAAAUGCCAGAAGCCCAGUCCAGCCAAGAGCCAGAAGAGGAAGCUGCCUGAGGAAAAGGAGCCUGCUGCUGAGGAACGUGAUUUUGAGAAGGAUGAGAAUGUAGACGUGAAGGAAGAGAGUAACCCUGUGGUGGUGAGCAGUGGAUAUCCCUUCUGGGGCUCGGAGCAGAACAGCAGCCAGGCCUUCCCUGCAGCCUCGCCAGUGCCUGCUGACCAGAGGGAGGCUCUGGCCAGAGAGCAGCAGGUGCCAACACCAUCCUACCACACAUAUCGGUUCCACGAAGCUGGGGACAGCCAGCAGCUUCCCAGCCGUGACACCGCAACCUUGAACGAUUUCCGGGCAAGGUGCCACGCCUUGGAUCUCGCCAUGGUGCCUGAGCACGACUCCAAACAGCUCCCAGAGGGCUUCACCAACCUGCCCCCACUGCCCCCACCUCUGCCUCCUCCCCAGGACUACACAGGAGUGGUGAACAUGGCUCUGGACUCUGUGGGGAAAGCCGGGGCGCGGGCCCCCAUGUACAGUCCCUAUGGCACCGAGCAGGGCCUGGGGCAGUGGGUGGUGCCUUCCCACAGCCAGUACAGGGCAAUGAGCUACUCGGCCUUCUCCACGGAGUACAACACACAAGGAACUCCAGGACAUGCCCAUGGCACCAUGGCAGAGUGGAGCCAGUACCCUCUGUUCCCCUACGCUUGCUGGUGAAUUGAGAGGACCCUUCCCAGUGAAAAAACUGAAAGAAAAUUGUAAAUGAGAUUGAAUUUACUGUUGGACUUGUGAAGCUUUGCCUACACUAGGCAGAGGUAUUGCUGCAAGCAGUAGCAUGGGACACCUUCACUUCCUUGUGUCCUUGCACAACAACCCUCACCAUAUUUCACAAGCAGUGGUUGAACUGGUGGCUGCCAGAGCCAUGUCAUUGUGGAUCAGGCUCAAUGUGUUGUGCAGUGGUUUUUUUCCCAGCAGGAGCAGGAAACCACAGGUCUGCAAGAACAGAAUUUAAAGAGCUGCUGAACUUGCAGUCAGUGUUGGCACCUUGCAUUUGGCGUUUUCCAACAUCCCUUCCUCCUGGGACUUGGUACAAGGAGAUAGGGGCUGAGGAAUUCCAGUAAGCCAUCCACGUGGCCAGAAAGCUGUAGAAAACAUUGCAAAGGCAAGCAAAGCAAGCAAUCCUGGUGAACUCUGAGCAGCUUCCUCAGUCAGUGUAGUCAAAGUAAAGCUAGAGUCUUGCCUUUCUUUCAGUAGCAGAUGAGAGUAAAAUGCACAACAAGGUGUAUCUGGAGCACAGCAGGGGGAGAGUUUGUUCCAUGCAGGAGAAGUAGCAGCGAGGCUGUGUGUGGUGUCUUCCUGUCCCCGUGUCCAUCCCUCCUCUGCCAGCCCUAGAUUCGAGGUCAGUGAAACACUCUUCAUUCUGUGGAGGUGGAGGGACGUGGUUCACGGAAUGUGGGGGGCUCCUCUGGGGCUUUCCAAGGUUGUCAGAAGCAGGGCCAUGAACAGCAGUGCUCUGUGUCACUCCAGCCUCUUCCUUUAGAGGGAAAGGAAAUUUUCCACUGUGAACUUACUCCUCCCGCUCCCUGCCACCCCUGGAGAUUAUCAUUUAUAGCUGUGGUUCCUGCACUGCUCUGUGAGUGUGAAGUUAUCUCACCUGUUUGGGAGUCUGCAGGGAUCUGUCCAUAUUGAGUUAUCAGAGUGGUUCCACCUCCCUCCUCUGUGGUCCCAUCCUGGGCAGGAGCAGUCUGUGCACUGCCAUGCAAUCAGGGAUCCUUUUCAUCUUCCUCUUAGAAGGGGGAGGCCCUCCCUGUUUGCCCAAGUGCAGAUGGCCCUGGCACUGGGGACUUGGUGACACAGAAUCAUUGCUUCUCAGGGAGGAUAGACAUGCUCCUAGGUGUUAUUUAGGGAAUGUUUUCCUGUCACACUAAUAGCUGCUGUGUGACCUGCAGCCGUCAGCAGGCACCGAGGUGUGUCACUUAGCCUGUGUGCCAGGUGGUUCUCUGUGUGCACACACGUGUGAGAGGGUGAGUGUGUGUGUGUAGCAAGAUGUUAUCUCGGAGCAGACCUGUGCAGGGACACUAGGAAAGGCUGUGCACCAGGUUUUUGGGGCACCAGCUCCUCACUGUGCAUUUGCAUAGCGUAGGGAUGUUGAGCCAUGUUGUUAUUGUUAAAAUUACUGUGAAAAGCAGCCCUGUAAAUUCGUGGGCUCAGCUACAAUGACUGUUUUCUUAUUUAAAUUGUAUAUUGCAAACUGCUUUUGUACCACAAUUAUGAUAUGUACAGAGCAGCUGAUUACUUCUCCUGGGCUUCCCAGGAUUUGAGGAGGUACAGCAUUGAAAUAAAGGUCAGACUUUGCCACAGUACAUGUACAUAAUGCCCUGUGAGCCUCCUUUCUGAUGGCACCCUGGCCAGUAGUGAUUUGUACCUGCUGUGCGUGACACACGUGGAUGUGAGCAACUCUCUUAAAAAGAAAUCCGGCUGGGGAAACAAAAUGUGGAGCAGGCCUUUGUUAAUGCUAAAAUAUCAUGAUUUCCUGCUGUCCAAAUGCCAGCUGUGUGAAGGCAGGUCAGCUGUAAAAGGCUGUCUCUGGCCAUUAGUAGUUAAUUUUGCUACUGUCCUUCCUAUCUUGGAAAUGAGAGGAACAGAAUGGCCGGGGAGGUGAGUGAGUGCCUUGAGCACCAUGUGCAGGGACACCGAGGGGGUACUUUGUGCAUGGGAUCGCUGCCAGCAGCAUGCCCACUUGAGAGAGAGCGGGAGAGAGGGGGAGAGAGAGAGAGAGAGUGAGAAAGAAUGAAUCCCCCACAGGCUACCUGGUUGGAUCUGUUUCUUUAUCUUGGUAGCUGGGAUGUGUUUCCCUGUCACAGAGCGCUAAUGAGGAUGAAAAGCUGCAGUUUGCAUGAGUAACUGAGGACAGCUGGGCAGCACUGGGGAAUUCCUGUGAAAAUACGAGUGCAGUGCCGUUUCUUUCAAACCUCUGCAGUAGCAGUGCAGGUGCUGCUGCCCCCUGGGCCUGUCGGUAGAGCUGGUUUGGCAGACGGCUCUGCGCUGGGGUAAAAGACUCGGCUUUGUGCCUAGGACGAGCCAUCAAUUACUCAUCAGCCUUCUGUUGCAACAGGACUGCUCGCCCUUCUCCAGUGAAUCAUCCGGCUUGCAGAAGUACCUAUCCUUUCUCUCUGAUUAGAGACUGCGCUCGGCUUGUUCGGGAAGCCUUGGGAGAUUUUGCCUGUAGGUGUGCUCUGGACUCUGCUCCCGCCCCCUCCCUGUGCAGCUCCCACUGGCUUGUUUUCUUCAGCUGUGGCAUUUCAAGCCUGUAUGAGCUCGACUGAAAUGCUGGUUUUGCACGCAUGUGAGAUAAUGUAAUGCCUCUGAAAAGGAAAUAAGACAUGUGGAAGUCAGGCCAUUAAGACUAAUAAAAUAAACUCAAAAGUGUAGGUUUUGUGCAUCUUUCUUAAGCACAACGUGCUGUGCUUUAGUCAUGUUACCUGGGGCCAGUUUGUACUUGCAUGACACGCUGUUGAAUUCAGCAUUCAUUGUUCUCCACAGUGUGUUCAGCGAGCCUCAGGUUAUCUGCUCACACUGCUAGAUGUGAGUCAGGCUCUUGCACCAGUUCUUUGCAGCAAAUUGUUUAUUUUCUCUGUGUUUUCUGCUCCUCUCCUGCAGAGAAGUUACAUAAGGAGGAGGGCAAAUGGACUAUAAAUGGGAUCUAGGUAAAUUUCCUAUGGGAAAAUAAAGAUCUUGAUUUA